GAUGUAAUGGUCUUCCCUGUCAUUAGGUGUCGCUAAUGUAUUUUAGGCUACAAGUUUAACCGGAACUGCAACCGGAGAUUACGUUUGAUUGUUUAUAUUUUCCCACAAUUUUAUAUGUAUUAUGUAAAAUGUGUAUUGUCUGAAUAAGGUUGGAAAGAUAUGAAUAAAGGGAAGUGUCUAAUAUCGUGUAACGUUAACCUUGUUCCGCGACAAACUUCGGAUAAAUAUUUUCUUUAAUCGCUGACCACGGACACGCGGGAAGAACGCGCGGAAACAGAGGACAUGACAGGAGGAUUGUUUGCUACAAGAGACCAGAUAGCUAGCAAGUAGCACGCAAACAUUUUAUUUCCAGUAAACAUACUUGGAUUAGUUGGUUGAAAUCCUAUCCCUCAAUAAUGGAGGAAUACAAGGAGAAUAUUCAAGACAAGGGUGACAAUGUGAAAUUGUCUUCUAAACCCGAGGAAGAUGACAAGUCUUGCAACAAGGUGUGUAGUAACAUUGGCGAACCUGUCCCUCAAGUAUCUUCUACUCGUGGCGAGUUCAGUGAUCCUGUUUACAAGGAGAUUGCUCUUGCAAAUGGACAUAUCAACCGCAUGAACAAGGAUGAGCUUCGGUCUAAACUGGCAGAGUGUAAGCUUGACACAAGAGGUGUGAAGGAUGUGAUGAAGAAGCGGUUGAAGAACUACUACAAGAAGCAGAAGCUGUCUUUGAUGCAGUCUGUGACAGAGGGUGGACCAACUGAUGCCUACUAUGACUUCAUCUGUGUGGUGGACUUUGAGGCAACGUGUGAACAAGACAACCCCCUUGACUUCACGCAUGAAAUCAUUGAGUUUCCAAUGGUCCUGUUCAACACCCACACUUUAGACAUUGAGGACAGCUUUCAGGAAUAUGUUAGGCCAGAAGUCAACACACAGCUGUCAGAGUUCUGCAUAAAGUUGACAGGGAUAACACAGAAAAUGGUGGAUGAAGCAGACACGUUCCCCGAUGUUCUUAAGCGGGUGGUGCUUUGGCUUCAGGAGAAAGAGCUUGGCACAAAAUACAAAUAUGCCAUUCUUACAGAUGGAUCUUGGGACAUGAGCAAGUUCAUGAACACCCAGUGCCGUUUAAGUCGGCUCAGAUAUCCACAGUUUGCAAAGAAGUGGAUCAACAUCAAAAAAUUCUACGGAAACUUCUAUAAGGUCCCUCGUACCCAGACCAAGCUGAGUAGCAUGCUAGAGAAGCUGGGACUUCAAUACGAGGGCCGCCCUCACUCUGGCCUGGAUGACUCGCGCAACAUUGCUCGCAUUGCGCUGCGCAUGCUGCAGGAUGGUUGCCAACUGCGCAUCAACGAGCGCAUGCACGAAGGACAGCUGCGGACUGUGCCCAGCUCUGCCCCUGUGGAAGGAGCCCCACCCCCACAUAAUCCUCGCAGCAGAGUCUAGCCCCCCACCUCGACUUCAGCUCCACAUCCCCUGGCUCUGACUUCCACAUUGGGGCCUUCAAGCAGGCAUCCCAUGUCUGUUUUACUCCCAUGACUUGAAAAUAAUUCAUUGUGUUUUUCCCACUCAAUCUGAGUCUACUUUUUGUCCCAAAUUGUGGGACUCUGUGGAUAGUUUUUUAAUUUUAUUAGUAGUGCCACUUACCACAAUAAAAAUGUUGUUUCUGCCUUUUGACAACUUCUGUAGAUUUCCACAGUAGCACUCAGACAUGGUUUGCUACAAGUUUCUUUAAAGAAUAAUUGUUAUUUCGCUGGGCUUUUGUCUUUCAUAUUGUCUGAAAACAAAACAACCUUGCUGACCCUCAAAUGUACUUAACUGUGUCUGUUAGAGGCCUGGCUUCAGUUUUUUUAUUUUUUAUUUUACAGCGCAUGCCUGUGUACUUAUUGAACUUGUGAGUCCACUAAAACAGGUUCAAGAAAAUUUAGGAUAUGUUUGGUGUAAGCAAUGCACAAACUCGUGGGCUAAUAAUGUAUGAGCUAUUGUCUUAAACCAUUUCUAGUUUAAUACUAAUAAAUAUUUACUUCAUUUUA